AGUGGGCCUGAAUUAGCUAGCUAGGCCAUAGACUACGGCAUAGCAUGGAAGUGUAGACAUUCUACGUUCUAAUGCAAGUUGGUUAAAAGUUGAUAAAAAUCCUGGCCUAGCUAGCUAAAUGAUAACUACACGUGCAAUAAAAACUGCUACACUCCCGCAACACCCUCUUGCUACAAAAUGCAAACUACCGGUAGCUAAGUUAGCUUGUCGCCCGUGCAGUGGGACAGGCCGGCCUGUCUGGUGCUUUCUUUAGUUUGCUUAGCUACCCUCGUCAUCGAUGUCAUCUUCGAAAUCCUCCGUAUCACUGAAAGAAGGCUCUUCGUCCUCUUCAAAUUCGGCUUCAGCCGCUAUAUCCUCAGUAUCCUGCAUUUAUGUGAUGAUUUUACUGCUUUUUGAUGGUGAAAUUGAAUAGGACGCUUCUCACGUUAAGCCGGAAAUUUUACUCAGCAAACCAUGUGGUAUUCACCCACCGGCGCCAACCAUUCAAUGACGAUGAAAAGAGCGAUACCUCUUUGAACGGGUGGAUUCUAGUACACAUUGCAACCGAUUUGUGCACUGAUAAAUGAAAUGGACAGUAAAUGUAUGGAAUUACUGCCCCUUGUAUGUGCAGUUCUGGCUGACCCGAAACAAGCACUGUCAGAUGACACGUGUUUAGAAAAAUUCCUGGACUGGUUCGGUGCUUUAACAGCACCCGGUUCUCCAUUACUGGAGAUACACCCCUGCCUGAUCACAUUCAUAUCGAGUGUGUGUCAAUCAAAGACUGCAGACCCCACCAUUCUCUCCUUUGCUCUCAAGUUGGCUGGGCUGCUAGCUGCCAGUGAAGAGGGUUUUUACAUCUUAAAGGCAAAGAAUAUUUUGGAAAGUGCCUUUGAAUAUCAGGGGUGGAGCGGAUCAUGUCUAUGGGAAGAUGCAACAGUGCGGAGUGGGUGGGUCCAUGGUUUGCGAAGCAUGGUCCAGCACCGGGAGACUAUGAGCUUCCUGUUUAAGAAAGGGCUGAUUAAAGUGGUCCUGCAUUUGCAGACAGACAAGAGUCUGUUUGUUGCCUCGGCAGCCAACCAGCUUUUGGCUCACAUUUUAAACUUUAGUGAGCGAACAACCACAUGCAUAUCUUUGGAGAAUGGCAGCAAGUCUGACCCCAGUGAGAUGCACAAGGACCAGGGCACAACAGAGUGCCCUGAGUGCCCUGAGUGGGCUGAUGGGAUCAUGGAAAUCAUGAAGCAUGUGGAGGAAUCGCUGAGCUCAAGCGUCUCUUUCCGUGCCUGUCAGUCACUGAAGCUUGUGGCACGGAGUCUUGCCCAUUGCCAGCCACACGUCAGGGAGAUGCUGUGGCAGAGAACUGAGGGGGCUGUUGAGAUGCUUUUGGGAAAUGAGCAAAGCUCUUUGACACAGCUGUUCAUGGAGGUUUUACAAGCUGCUGCCAGGACCCCUUUAUUCAGCCAGACCAAUUCCAGUAUUGUAACAUUGAUGGAAACUAUGCUGUGCACUCUAAAACCGACACAGGCAAUUCCAUUCGCCUCAGGGAUUAUCCAUCUGGAAAAUUGUCCGCAAAGCUUAAAGAAGAAGGCUACUGGGGUCAUUCUUCGACCGCUGGAGCUCGUAACUGCACCAGCUGAUCUACAGCAACUGCACUCAGAUUUGGUCCAAGAAGGUGGCUGCCAGCAUACUUCCCUAGAAGAGCACUUAUCCCAGAAGAGUUCUUGUAUCUCACUCCUUUGUCUUUCAUUGUCCAGCAUAUCAGAGCUGGCAGGCAUGGGCUCCCUCAAUCUGGAAAUGCCAGUGCAAUCCGUGAUCCUGUCAGUUAUCAGUGUGCUGAAAGUCUGUGUGGGAAUGCCAAUCUCCUCCUCUCCUGUUAUCAGUACCUUCAGAAACCUUAUUGGUUGCUCAAAAGUUCAAAAGUGUGCCCUGGAUAGCCUAGCUAGUCUUUGCCAGUCUCCAGAGAACAUUGUCAGGAGUGAGGUAUUUUCUGUUCUUCUACAAUAUCUGGACAGUCCUGAUACCAACUCAACUGUUCUGCAGAAAGCUUACCAAGUGACCUUGACGUGGUUGUGUAUAUGCUCUGAACCUCCUCCACAAGCUCUCUUCUCCGUGCUGAUGAAGAGGCUCUGUGACAUGCGAUGGGAAGUCAGAGAUUCUUCUCUCGAGUUCCUCGCUCAGCUCAGCUCACACUUUCACGAGAACCUUAGCUACUGUGAGGACCUGUUAAGCAGUGGAGUCCCUGGUCUCUCAUUCACCCUGCUGACCGACCCGGAGAGCUACGUGCGGGCGAGCGCCAUCUUUGCACUGGGACGCACUGUCCGCACGACCAACAAAGCAGGCGUCCCAGUAUCUGGCCAUGUACUGCUUGGAGAACUUGCCAGGCGAUUUGUGGACAUCUUAGCUCAGGACACAGAGGUGUUCGCCAGGAGAGCUGUGAUUAAGGUCUUUACCUUGUGGCUCUCCUCUCCAUGUCCUACAGAAGACUUGGAAGAACCUGUGAGAAGUGUGUUGACACUGGGCAGUGAAGACUUGGACUGGGAAGUGAAAGUCCAUACUCUGGAGCUAGCUCAGAUCCUGAUCAGUCAAACCCUGGCACAGUCUGGUCACUCCACGAGUCCGUACGCAGUUAGCUGUGCCACGCGCCCCAGCGGGGACCACCUUACAGAAUCGCUGCACAGGCUGCAGCACCUCAAAAUCUUCUCCGUUCUCUUCAGGGGGUUGUUCGACUGUGACAGGCCUGUGGCUCAGAGUGCAUGCUCUAUCCUCCUCUCUCUGAAACUGGUGAUCAACGAAAACACUCCUUUAAUGGAUAGGAAAGCAGUGUGCGAUCUGCAAGGACAAAGUUGGGUUGAGGACUCUUUGAAGAAGCACCUUGAGAAACUCCAUGUUGGUGCAGAGUCACAGAAAUCGAUGGGCGUUGUGGAGGUGUUGUUAGUUUUAGAUCUGGAGGAUAUGCAGCAGACCUUAGGACAGAGCAGUGAUCACCUGGAAAACAGUCCUUGCUCUCUAAUGGAGGACAUUCUUGCUGCAACUCGCAUGUCAGAGGACAAUGCUGUGGACUGCUACUAAAAUUAAAUUCAGUUUUGUAUCACAUUCUACAUUUUACAUCAUUUUAUACUAGAAUUAAAUAAAUGCAUUUGAAAAACUUA